AUGGGAAAAAUUAGCAUUUCCCUUUUGCUCCUUAUCCUCUCUACAGUGAUUGCAGUCGAGAGUACUAGUACUGGUCGACUACAUCCACGCCUCCCUACCUUCGUGGAGACUCAGUGCAGAAAAACUCGUUAUCCGGAACCUUGUGUGACAUUUCUAUCCAACUAUGUGAAUCCUACAUCACAAGAUCCUCAAGAAGUAGUUCAUGCUGCCUUGAAAGUAAGCCUAGUUAGGGCUAUACAUACAAAAACUUACAUAAAAAAUGUUCUCAAGGAGCAUAAUAAGAAAAUGAAGGCUAAGGAUCAUCAACCAAUAAAAGAAUGCUUAGAUAAAAUCAACGAUGGCAUUUCCCAACUCACAAACUCUGUAAUAGAGCUUCAAAAUUUGAAUUUAGAUGGGCAAGAAGAGUUUGUAUGGCAUCAAAGCAAUGUUCAAACUUGGCUUAGUACAGUAUUAACUGAUGCUUACACUUGCUUGAAUGGUCUAAAUUCAGGCCAUUCCAAGGGUGGUAAAGUGAAUGCUACAAUUAAAGCUAAGGUUCUUAAUGUUGCACAAGUUACUAGCAAUGCUUUGGCUUUGUUUAAUGGAUUUGCUUCUAGAUAUAACUCUUCUCAUCAUGGCUAG